AUGUUUUGGGCAGAAAACUGGAUAGGAACUGGUAGUUUAGAACUUCGGUUUAGACGCUUAUAUAAUCUUUCUUGUCAGAAACGGGAACCAGUGAAGAAUAUGGGUUAUUGGGAGAAUGGGGUGUGGCGGUGGUCAUUUCGAUGGAGGAGGAGGUUGCAAGGAAGGGAGGUGGGAUGGUUUGAGGAGUUAACGGGGGUUUUGCGAGCUGCACAAUUGGUAGAGAAUAAGCAGGAUAGCUGGGUGUGGGAACUAGAAGGGGGUGGCUCUUACUCAGUUAAUUCUUCUUAUGUUUUUUUGCAGGGACAAAACUUAGGUGAAACGAAUCCUGUGUUCUCAUGGAUAUGGACAGCACCAGCACCUUCCAACAUAAAGGCAUUUGCAUGGAGAGUAAUGUUAGGCCGCAUUCAGACUCGGGAUAAUUUGCUGAAGAGACAAGUCAUUCAUACUGCCGCUGAAGCUCUUUGUCCGUUAUGUGGCCGGGUGGAGGAAUCUUGUUCCCAUUUGCUCUUUACGUGCCCCGCUGCCUUGCUGAUAUGGUAUGAUGUUUAUGCCUGGUUGGGUGUGUCCACAGCUCAGAUUCCAGUUGGUGAGGUACACUUACUGCAAUUUGCCUCAAUUGGGAGUAAUAAAUCUCAAAAAUUAGGUGAAGUUGCAAUAUGGCUGACUGUAGUUUGGUCAUUAUGGUGUGUGCGUAAUAGAAUUGUUUUCAGUGGGGUGAGCUACUUAAAGACCAAAUUCUGGAGCAGGUUCAGCUUAAAUCGUGGCAGUGGUUAA